UUUUGAAGCGUCCUACCGGAAGUGUCGUCUGAGGCGUAAACAAAGGAUGUAAACAAGGUGGCUAGCAGCUUUAACCUGCUGUUAUAACCCGGGUAGCUGCUGUUAUGGAGCCAUGUGAGAUGCUGUAAAGCUGAGCUUCCUCCUCAGCCUGCAGGAUGAACUGAAGGGUUUCUAACCUCCGCUCCGUGACGAUGGCGUCGUCGCAGCUGAAGCAGAGUUGAUUUCCCAACCAGCAGGAGGGCGGCUUGUUCACCUGUUUUAAUCUGCACCCAUUCAUCCGCCGUCAGCGUCCUCCUCCUCGCCGGCUAACAGGUGGAGACUUGAAAUGAUGGUGUUGGCGCUGUGAGCGGCAGAGGGAGACGACGACGGCCAGCGGCAGAUGGAGAAUGGAGACCUGGGUCAUAUGAUGGGGGAGCCGGUGAGUCUGAACGUGGGCGGCUGCGUUUACAGCACGUCUCUGUCCACGCUGAAGCAAUACCCGGACUCCAUGCUGGGCGCCAUGUUCAGAGGAGACCUCCCAACAGUGAAAGACUCCAGAGGAAACUACUUCAUCGACCGCGACGGCCCGCUGUUCCGCUACAUCCUCAACUUCCUGCGCACGUCUGAGCUCACGCUGCCGUGCGACUUCAAGGAGACGGAGCUGCUCCGGAAGGAGGCCGACUUCUACCAGAUCGAGCCCCUGAUCCAGUGCCUGGGAGACCCCAAACCCCUGCUGCCAUACCCCACGGACACCUACGAGGAGGUGGUGGAGCUCUCCAGCACCAGGAAGCUCUCCAAGUACUCCAACCCCGUCGCAGUCAUCAUCACACAGCUCACCAUCACCACUAAGGUCCAUGCCGUGCUGGAGUCCAUCUCCAGCAGUUUCACCAGGUGGAACAAACACAUGAUGGACACCAGAGACUAUCAGGUGUCCUUCACGUUCGGACCGUGCGACUACCAGCAGGAGGUCAGCCUGCGUGUCCACCUCCUCGAAUUCAUCUCCAAAGCAGGUUUCACAAUCAGAAACACGCGGGUUCUGCACAUGAGCGAACGAGCCAAUGAGAACACGGUGGAGCAUCACUGGACGUUCUGCCGCCGGGUCCAUAAAGCCGCCGACUGACAACCGUUGGUUGGGUCUGAAGCUGAGCCUCUGAUUCUGAACACCAGGGACUUCAGGGACAAAUGCAUCCGUUCAUAUUCGUAUCGUUGGUUCUGUUUGGUUCUGCAUCAUGCCGGGGUGGAAAUUUAAAGUCUUACUGAACAUCUUAGUGGUUACAGCGCCUCGUAAUUGUUACUUCUAGAAGCAAACUAUCAAAUUAGGUUUGCUCAUUGAAAAAGCUCAUAGUUAUCUGGCACCAAUUCAUACAUUUGUUCUGACACAAACUGGUUCUGGUGCCGAUGGCUGCGGGUCACUUUGCUAUUUAAAACGUAUUAACUAGCCAGUUUAUAUGCUUGUACUUAACCAUUGCUCAUUGGUUAAUUUAUAUAUUUUUAUUAAUUAUUGAGAUAAUAACCAUAAAAGGACGUGACUUCAGAGUUUUAUUUAUACAUUGUCAUUUAUUCUACCUGUAUCACUUCAUUAUUGAUCUUUCUUCGUAAUAAAAUGUGUCCUCGCUCUGCGUCUAACCGGCUCCUCAGGGAGCAGUGAGCUCCCACUGGGCAGCGCCGAGGGUUCUGGGGCUGAGGGCCUUGCUCAGGGGCCCAGAGGGUCAGUCUGUGGGAUUGGAACCAAGGAACUUGAAGCCCCUCUAGGAUGUAAGUGCCAUGCUCUCUAAGCCCAAGGCCAGCAGUGAAACCAGGCCAUUUGACUUUUAUAGAAUACGAUGACCCUGAUAGAACCAAAAUAACUCUAAAGUGAACUCUGGGUGUUAUUUAUUGGAGUCAAACUACAACGUUUCCUUUCAGAAGAUGCGGCGAGAUUCUAGAAAAAUCCCUUUAAAUCAGUUGUUGAAACAAGUAUAAAACCUUCACUAAAUUUUCAGCCAAUCAGCAGUCUGGUGAUCGGAUUCUCACUCAAAUGAACUUCUUUAAACUCAACAGUUUGGUGCUUUUCUCCAGCAGCGUUACACCAGGAAUUUCAUUUUCAGCUGCAGCAGAUGUGCGUUGAUCAGAUUCAUGGCUUUCCACUCCUGGUAUCAGGAUUUCUCCACUGAAACAUUGUCUGUUUUGUCAUAAAAUGUGUUAGACAUGAAGGCACCGUAGAGAAGGUAGUUAUAGCUGCAAGUGUUAGUAUUUCAUGUUUAGAGUUAGCUGCAGCACUAUUAAAAAACCAUGUGAACCCUACA